UCCACCUGCAUCAUCCCCACCCCCGCUUUAUCAAUGCCGCUACCAUCCAGAUGCCUCCCAAGAAGAAAAGUAUACGCGACUUUUUCCAACCCGCGUCGAAAGAUUCGGCACUGUCUCAAAGCUCAGCGCCCAGUAUCACAGUAUCCACAGCCCGACAAAACCCCUCGCAUUCUCUCCCAAAGAAAUUCCGUCAGUCGCCAGUGACCAGCUCGUCAAGCACAAACCCCUCACGAGGCACCACUUCGGAGAAAACUUCUUUCAAUGCUUCGCAAUCUUCGAUACUCUCGGGAAGCACAAGCAAACGCGUCAUUUCGAAUGGAGAGCAGGUGGUUCUGAACUCAGACUCGGAUUCGGAUUCGCUGCCGGAUCUGACAUGGAAUCUCCCUUCUACAGAUUCCAUAGAUGUCUAUGUACCAAAGCCUAUAUUCAAGGCACAUGAGAGUGACUUGCGAAAACCCCCCGAGAAGAAGAAGGAUGAUAGGGCCUUCAUGGAGUUUUUGCACAACGCGCAGAAGGAUGUGCAAUCUGAGCGCCAGAUUGCUGAGGCCAAGGCCGAUCUGGAGAAACCUGUGGCUGAGGAACCGCCAUCUAGCCGUCUUGACAUCUCCGAAGAAACUUUUGCAAGUCUCGCGCACGACAGUGAUGAUCCUGAAAAGGCGAAAAAGCUUCUCUCUGCUAUGCAGCGAACUAAUGCCUUCCACGCGGAAUCAGUUUUCCACUUUUGGCGCAAGCAUCAGGCUCACUGCUCUCCAUUUCCAAAAGAUUGUCUACCUAAUCACCAAUGGGCAUCAGUAUUCCAAGAACCUCCAUCCCGAAGGCAAGCGAUCCUAUCGGGUUUUGCGUUCCAGGUUUUUCGGAUUCAUAGUCUUCCCGUAGAUCUUGGCUUAUGGAUGAUCGAUCAGAUCUGCAAUGCUAAUGACGAGACGCUGGAUGAUCGGUAUCUAGAGCUUCUUGAGGCUCAUCAAAGUCAAUUCGAGUCGCUAUUUGACAAAUCAAAAAUAUCUGCCAUGUUUCAUGGUCUUGGUGCAGACCCACGCUGUCUUGAAUAUGAUGAGCGAGAAAUUGUCCCGUCCCUGGAGUCUGAACAAGAUGAUCGAAUACCACUCCCAAAAUCUCUCAGUCAAGUCUGUCGCUUGUUGCAAACCAUGGCGCGAUGCCUAGAUCUUGAAGCGAGCAGUCUUGUGAUUUAUAUACUGUUGCUUUUGUGCAUGGAUGCCAGCGUUUGUGCUGAUGCCAGCACGUUGACUCUAGUCCAGCAUACUAUUGAGACAAUCAUUUGUAAUAUUUCCGACAACAGAGAUUUGGCCGCAUCAUUGAGCGACACAAUUCCUUUGAUACUUGCAAAAGUCAAACAUCCGGUUUUACAGCGCCAGAUGAUAGAGUCAUUUCCAGUAAAGUCGCCUUUAACUGCCUACCUACAGCGUCACCUAGCCCUUUCGUUUUUACUGUAUCCAACAGCUAUCAAAACUACCCUCGAAGAUUCUGGAAUACCGGUACUAUUACGCCGAUAUCUCCAGAAAUCCCCACAUUACGGCAUCAACAAGAAAACCAACUACACGCAUCUUGCCGCCCGCCUCUACAUGCUGGAUGUUGCGAUUGGUCCUGGACCAUUAGAUGUGCCGUACCAACCUUUACCCAGCCUUCCGUCAUCGCCAGUAGAGGAAAAAAGGGUGGUGGCGCCGAUACGUUUGACUGCAGGCGAGAAGUCGUUCAACGAGCAAGUCGAUGUUCUAGCGCAACAGAUCGAAUUUAUUUCCAGCUCGAUCGUAGAGUCAGGGGCUAUCACCGACUUGUCCCGACUCCAAGCAAAAGACUUUGGUGAAAAGUUGUUCCAUCGUCUUCAAAACGCUGUGCGAAUUGGCGGGAAGCAGAAACAGAACAUAUUCGGAUCAAGUGAGGUCGAUUAUGAUGCCAAAGUAUGGAGAGGAUUCGCAAAGAUAUCCGCGAAGAGGAUGGCAGAUGGUGAGUUAAAAGAUGGUGAAGAAGUGCGAUAGAGUUGCCAUUCGUACUUGUAUCGUGACUUAUUCCUCGUUUCUGUACAUGCGGUUCGAUGGCGGUUGAGGACGUCGUAUCACGAGAUAUGUGUGUUUGUUAUUACAAUGUUGAUAUAAUUCUCCAUUCAAUAUCAGAUUUGUAGUAUUCAUACCGUAUAUUAUGAUUUCUUCUGUCAAGUUGAGAGACGACAGGGUCAUCAUAUUCAUGUCCCGUUACCCUUGCUGGGAGUAUUAUGAUCUAAAAUGUUUGCCAUGGCCAUGUACACCUCUGCUGUAACUCUGUUAAAUCUCACCAACUUUGUCCACAUCCAAGAUACCGUCCUCUCAGACACCCACGUUGGUGGUUGUACAUAUACAAAUCCACCACCCUCGUGAUCAGAAUACACAAACCAACAUCGAGCUUGCCCAAUAACAACCUCAAAGACACGCAAUUAUAUUCUAUAAACUUGCACCUGAUCUAGUAAUACUUUUAUUUUGAGUAGGAGUGAAGGUGUUCUUACACACAGCGAUGGGUUUUGACGAAGAUCUAGUAAUACACCCACAGAAGUCCCUACUACACACAGAAAAAGAAAAAAGAAAUGCUACAUCUACCAUUCCCGUAAAAUCCCCCUGCCCAGGCCGCAAACCCAAUCCAAGAACACCCCCCUCUGGUGGCAUUCUCCGUCAGGGAGAUGAUCGUCAGGGAUUUGACUCUCUCUCUCCCAACAAAAAAUCCCGCCAUCUGACAGACAGCUAAUCACGAUGAGUUCCUGAACUAAGGGGAGAGGGGGGGGGGACCAUAGAACAGCACACGCAUAACCCUCAUGUAAAAAAAGCCGACCAAGCGAAACCCCCCAGCCCAAAAACGAAAAAGAAACGGACGAACUUCUGCCAUGAUCAGCAAUAAUCACACGUA